AUGAAGUUAACCAACCCCCUCUCCAUCUCCACCCUCCUCCUCACAGCCGCCAUCACCGACCUCACCCUCGCCGCCUGCUACGGGAGCGGCGAAGUCCUCAACAAAGCAAACGCAAACUACCACGCCAAACGAGCUUGCAUGGGCUACGACGGCCACGCAGGAGCAUUCCAAGGCUUCUUCUCCGCGGGCCAGAACAAGCAAGCCUGCAUCAACAACGACGCAGGUGUCGGGGGACAUCUCAUUCUAGGAGUCCGUAACUUGAAUCAGAAUGCUGGCUUUGAUCUCGAUGAUGCGGAUUGCUUUAAGGAGUUGGGCAUCUUGAUUGCGCUUUGUAAUAGGGGUGGGACAGGGACGGUUGCUGGGUGGUUCUUUCGUGUUGACCCGAAUGGAGGUGCGUGUCCCUGA